GUGCUGCAGCUCCUCGUGGACAGCAGAUGUCCUGCGUGACGUGAUCAUCAGGAACACAAACCACGUAGCAACACGCUUCAAAUACUACAUGAGCACAGGCGUGGCCAAAACGUCGUCCGUCGCUCUGAUAGGCUGCUGUUCUCCUGCAGUUUUCAAACCACUGUAGCAGCUGACUGACUGCGCUGUCAAAACAUUCGGCAGCAAAUUUUGAUCUGCUGACUUGUAAAGGCACCCGUCAAGUUUGUCGAUCAAAAUGGAUUCCCCCCAUUGCAGAAGGAAACCAGAAAUACCUCAGGCUGGUUUUAUUAUUCAUCCAUCCAUCCACUUUCUAUACCGCUUCUUCCUCUUUAGGGUCGCAGGGGCAUGCUGGAGCCUAUCCCAGCUGACUUCAGGCAACAGGCGGGGUACACCCUGGACUGGUGGCCAGCCAAUGGCAGGGCACAUAUAGACAAACAAGCAUUCACACUCACAUUCAUGCCUAUGGACAAUUUAGAGUCUCCAAAGAAGCUAACAUGCAUGUUUUUGGAAUGUGGGAGGCAACCGGAGUACCCGGAGAAAACCCCCACACACACGGGGAGAACAUGCAAACUCCACACAGAAAUGCCCAAGGGAGAAUCGAACCUUCCCGAUCUCCAGGCAUUUACUGUGUGGCCAACGCGCUAACCACUAGACCACCGUGCAGCCCUGGUUUUAUCAUUAUUUAUGAUUAUUGUUAUUGCGAUUUAACCAUUGAACGAGUGUAUUCCCGUCUACUACUGCGAUAAUUGCAAACAUGCUGCAUCCAAUUUUUUCCAGCCAUGCAGUUCUGAGCAUCGCUCCCUAAUAAAAAGCUUUGCUGCUGUCAAAAAGUUUCAUAUGAAUAACUACUUCCUGUGCCAGUGUGUCCGGAGCCAUGAGGACCAGCGAGUUUGACUCUUCAUCCGAAGAAGACGACGUGGGAGAAGAGCGGACUCCUUUUGACAUCUCAUGGUUGCCUUUGGCUGAAGUGGAAUCCUCCCAGUUCCUUGGCAUAUGUGCACUUCCAGGUUGCAGAUACAAAGAUAUCCGCAGGAGCCUGCAGAGAGACGUCGAGGAGCUCCACAAGCAGGGCGUGCAGGACGUCUACGUGCUGUGCACCAGAGGCGAGCUGGCCAAGUACCGCGUGCCGUCCCUGCUGGAGGUCUACCAGCAGAGGGGCUUCACCGUGCACCACGAGCCCUUCCUGGACGGGGACGCCCCCGAGCUGGAGCAGUGCUGCCGGAUCCUGGACCAGCUGCAGGACAGCCUGGAGAGCCAGCGCAGGACCAUCGUCCACUGCUACGGAGGUUUGGGACGCUCGGCGUUAAUCGCCGCCUGCCUGCUCAUCCAGCUGUCCGUGACCAUGACGGCCAACAAAGCCUUCGACAUUGUGCGGGCGCUCCGAGGAGGCGGCGCCAUACAGACCAUCAAACAAUACAACUUCCUGCAUGACUUUCGGGAGCGAUACACCGCCUACCAAGAGAGCAGGGAUGUUCCUACAGAGCGCUCAGUUUCUCGAUGAGCCGCUUUCCUCCUCGCUGUGACAUCACUUUAUUUAAAAAAAAAAAAAAAUCAUAAUAUAUUUUUUUUCCCCCUUUUUACGGUCAAUCUAAAGAAAAUGCUGCUUGUGUGUUCUGAUUAGCUUGUUUCCUCUUUGUCUGUUUUUGGAUCUGGGCCUUUUGGUAUGACAUGCAGUAAUACAUCCCUAUGUUAUGCAUCCACAGCUUUGCCUGAGCUUUGUCAUUUACAUUGGAAAGUUAAAAAACAAAUGUUCAAACCUAAAACAGAGUGGGAUGGUUUUAUUUUGUCAAACUCGUCAAGUGUUUUUGAGGUGACAUUUUGGGAUGUGAUACAUGAAGAGGGUUCACCCUGUUCUCUGGACACAAAAUGUACACAUUUGAACAUGUCAACAGACACUUUUCUUUGUUGUCUGAUGGCCUUAAGCGUCUGAACAAAACAUUGAAAUAGUGAGGAGUGCUGCCAGAAGAUACAAAUACGCACAAAAAGAAAAACAAAACACGGGAUUUCUACGUUGGCGUUGGACAAAAGCACAAAAUAAUAAAAGUGCAUUCAACAACAACAGUGGUGCAGGAAGUAGGAAUGCAUCACUUUUCAUUGUUGAGUGUACCUUUGACUUGGUCGUGAGUCUAACACACAGCUUUUAUACCACAGAUGAUGUGACGAUGUUCAAACUGUCCCUGUGCAUUGACGCACACGUCCCCAGUGUCUCAUGCUGGAGUUAACUGAACCUACUGGGAAAUGUAGCUAGUAAGCGCUCUUAUUGACGUAGCAGAACCUCACCGUUAACACCAUCAUUAGCUCCAAGAAAAAGGGAGGUUCGGGGGGCGGGCACGAUGGGGGCACAAUAGUCCUUUGCGGGGUCCUGUCCAUAAAAUGUUGAACGACGGUGCUGUGAGCUGACACUGCAGGCCACAGAUUCAAGAUGGCGUCUUAGUAGUGUUGCUGACUUGGCGAUGGUCUGUAGCCGCUGCCGUGUCCAGCACUGACAUCUGAGUGUCCCCAUGUCUCGGCACCUGCUUGACCUUAGGAGCUCACCAGGACGUAGAUCAUACUGUCUCAGACAAGAAGGGCAUCAAGAAACGUUCAUGCUUGAUGCGUAUACCUUUCUUUUUUUCUUUAUUGAAGAAAAUGCUAAUUUCAUCACCAUUAGCAUGGCUGGUGAACAGGUAGCACCAAGGAAAUAGAAAUGACACAUACCCGUAGAGAUAGUAGAAGAAGGACAGGAGGUAGAAGGCGAGCUUGCACCAGCCUUCCUUCUGACAGAACCCCAGGAUGUCGGCAUUCAUGAUGGUCGUCGGGUCGUAGAGCCCAGGACAGCUCAUCACGGGUCUGCUCAUGUACCUGCAAAGGAGACACCAUUGGACGUGUUGCGGGCCAGACUGGAUGCACACAGCUGCUGUGUUUUGGGGAAGCACCCACCUCCAGACGUGAUAGGCCAGCAGGGGCAGGUUGAGGCAGAGUGUGAGCCACUCGGCUGCGCAGAAGAACAUGACGCAGAAGAAGAAAUGGAUGAGAUACUCUGGGAGCACCAGCUGAAAGUGGGAAAUAAGUCAUCAGUUAGGUGUUACCAUUUUAAUGAGCUGCCGUUGCAGUAUGAAAGAACACAACGCAGUCAAUAAAAGAUUGUUUCAUUACGUCUACAGAAAACCAUCAAAGUGAGGCAUCAUGCUGGAGAUGAAGCGCUGAUGUGACAUAUGGCCAACGGCUACACAGUCACUUCAAAUGACUUCUAUCAAAUAAGAACCUCCGCCAAGGCCUAACUGUUAAAGUGCUCAUAGUGUGAUGUUGAAAAUGGAGAUAUGACGAGUGUGUGUAACCUCUGAGCAAGAAAUGCUAAAGAAACAAAUGCUAUUUUUCAUUCCCGUCGACAUCUCCGAUCGGGAUGGGGCCGAUCCGAUACCAGCGUAAUUCCCCAAUCCAGUAUUGCUGAUCCAGCUCGGCUAGUAUCCCUGAUCACACCGGCCAUCUGCGAGAAGGUAGUCCUACCAUCUUCAAAAACAUUUUUGGACCAUUUGACACAAACCUGAAUUGAAUUUGAUGCAUGUUUUGGAGUAAUACCAAUACAUGGGAAAUAAACUGGUCCAUCAUUUAUUUUUUUAGUUGAAGGUAACAACAGGAACAGAAUAAAGUAAGUAAGUUUAUGAAAUAGACAUGUAUCCUGCUUAAGUUAAAGGAGAGUAAAUAGUGUGUCUGACUUUCAUCACUACUGGAGCGGUCAAAUAUUUGUCUUUUAUUUAUGACUGGCAACGUCUCAAUAGUACACUCAUUUAUUUACCAAGCACAUGUCCACUCAAAACAGCGUGGCCAUCGUCUUUAUGCUAUUUUGUCAUUAUAUAAAAAGGCAUCAAGUCUGAAUUCAACACUUAGAAAAAAUAAAAAAUAAAAAAAAAAAAGCUGAGCCAAAGCGGCUCAACCAAGCCAGGCUUUGUGCUCAAGAUGCAGCUCGACAAAACCCAAAUUCCCCAAACGGAAUUGAGCAGCUGCGAUAUGUAUCACAAUUUCAGGCCAUAUCGCUGUGUGGAAAUAUUUGACAAUUUCCUGUCCACAGGAUUUCCUCUUUUUCUGACCUUAAUGCUUUGCCUUUUGGGACACACAGUCAUGGAAAAAAGGAUGAGACCAGCCUCGUUUCUUAAUUGGAUCAAGUUUAUUGAUCCAUUUUAAUGUCUGCUACAACUAAAGGUACAUUUGUUUGGACAACUAUAAUGAUGACAAAUAUAGCCCAUAAGAGCUGGUAAUCCAGCAACUUCUAUGCUUUUCUUGGUAAUAACAUCAUGAAUAGCAUUGUACUGCCAAAAAUGGAACUCUUAUGCGCUAUUUUUGUUGUCAUUGCUCUAUUUGUCAGAACAAAGGUAGCUUUAGAAUGGACAGGAAACUGAAGAAGCAUGGGUGCUUUAAUCAUUCUUUCCAUGACAGUAUUAUACAUAGAUUUGUAUAUCAUACUUUACCUGUAGAGAAUACUUGAUCACAGCCUCAUAUUAAAUCAACGAUAAUGAUAUUACAGCAAACAGAGUCCUGGUGUUGGAAUAAUAUUGGUAUACAUCCAAAUUUAGGUAUCGGAAGUGCAAAAAAAAAAACAAAAAAAAAAACACCAAACCCGUGCAGCCCCAAUCUCUCACAGGGUACAGUUUCCCUCCAGGACUGCAAUCUAUCUGUGGUGUGGGCCGUAAGAAAUGUCAUCUUAUUUAAACCAACAUGAAGUACGGACUUACGCAUGUGUACCUAUACACCAUUAACAUGUUUUGCGUUGAUUUUAAACCGGCGUAUGGCGUUGGGAGUGAUAAGCUACACAGAAUGUCCCAUUGUCCCGCGUUUGUGAGUGAGGGCCAACAAGGAGCGCCAAAUCGAUCCAAAUUUGUUUGCGACGGGCCGACACAAUUAAAUGCAUGGACAGCACAGCUUUCACUAAUAACAGCAAAUAUUUCUUUGCACUUGGCGGAGGUAAUGUUAAUCAAGCAAAGUAAACAUCCUGUGAAUUAUUAACACAUGUAGUAUUUCACGGCGCCUCCUGACAAAACACACGGGGCUGACACUGGACAGGAGGCAUGCGGCAAGCGAGCGUCCCCGUCGGAGGGCAGUGGGGGUGUUGGUGGGCGGGGCAGAUGGAGGCGCCACAUGUAAGCCAUGCAUUCAGGGUGUGUGUGUGUUCAUGUGUUGAAAGCCUGCACCGUGCUGCCAAAUACAAAACUCAUUGUCAUUACAAAAUGUAAGCAUGUCUGAAUCUGCUGGUAUCCCCGCCCCCGCUAGUCAACUCACUGGCCAAUCGGCAGCACUGAAAACAACUGCUGUGCAGGACGGUAUCGCAGUGCUCUGCCAUCUGCUACAAACCUCAGGUGACUAGGAGACACGAGCCAAGAACCAGACUCACAAGGUUCUGGACGAUGGCGCCGCUAAGGAAGCGCUGUUUGACACGUACAAACACCACGUGACAGAAACAACAGCGGAAUUUUCAUGUGUGUACAACAUCAACUGCAGAGGGUGGCAGGCAUUUAUCAGAUGAGGCGUUGAGCAGACAUUUUUAGGAUGAAAUUGAAUGGGUAUUUUGUUACCAUUUCCCCCCUAAUUUUUUUUCUCCCCGCCCCAGCGAUUUCUCGCAGUGAGCUUCAGCUUUACAGAUGCCAUGUCUGCACUGAAAAAAAAGGCCUACUAGAUAGAAGGUAACUACUAGGGGUGCACAAUAAUUAUCGGCCCAGUUUGAGGGACAUAUCAAAUAAAAUUUACAAAAUAGGGAUGAAAUAAAAAUCUGAUAACUGAUCAGCCACCUGAAAGGCCAGCGCGGCUGGGUUUGAAAAGUGCAAAAAGUUUGCCAGAGACCUCCAUGGUGUAACACUGGCUGCUCGGAGCAUGUGCCUGAAUACAGUGCACCUUGCUGGGCCACAGCAGGUGGCUCCUUCCCCAUCUAUUCUCUGGUUCUCCUGAUAGUAGUGAUGUGGUAGUAGUAAUGUCAUCAUAUCUGAUUAGGACAAAUCAACAAAUCCUAAUUUGUUCGCACAAACUACAGUUCAAUCUAAAUUGUAAAAAAGUAGAUAUAAAACCGUAUCAUAUCAGUCUUGACAAGAAGUUAUUGGUAUCGACCGAUGCAGAAACAGUGUUGAUGUGUGCUGAUCACCUGACCUUCUGAGAUCCCUGGGAAGUUACUUGAUAUGCAAACAAAAAGGGAAGUCCUUAUAAUAGUAGUAGUAGUAGUAGUAGUAAUAAUAAUAAUAAUAAUAACCAUAAUCAUAUCAUGCAAGUUUUGAGCCUUUGCAAGUCUUUUCAGUUAACAUGAUUGAUGUGAGCUGUCCUGUACAAUUUGCAUAUUUUGUCAAGGAGUACUGCCUAUCUUACUACACAAACAUCAAGACAGACAUUUAAGCCCCGGUCACAACCCACCGUGCGUGUUUUUAGCCCGUACGUUUUUGGAGACACCACAGCCGCCAUGUUUUUCUGAAAAUGUGGGGAGGGAGUGGCAAGAGUAGGAAGGGAGUACGCCAAUGCACGUCGCUCACACGGUUGUGCGAGGUGUUAAAGCUGUGAGUGGUUGCAUGCAUCGUACAUGUGGUGAGUGAGUUUGUACGUGCCUGCAGCGUAGGAUCUCCGUGUGAUUGGCACGUUAUCGUACGGAGGCCGUACUCGCAUGUACUGCUCACGUACGGUGCCGCAUGUUCUAAGCAGAGACUCCGGGUUCCGAUGCUGCAAGAGCAGCGCACCUCCAGCAGCACCAUCUGACUUUUCUUGGCUCCUCCUCUCACCUCUGCUGUCCUCUGAGCCAUAGAUGCCUCCGACCCCCUAUUGUGUGUCCUUUGCAUCCCGGACACAAAAUCGCGGCACUCGUCUGUCAGCUUGGCCGCUGCAGAAAUCAGUGUGCACAAUUCACGGAGCACGUGCUCACUCGGCACGGUCCACGCGAGCUCUUCACGCUCAUCGGACGGCCAAACCAGGGAAGUGGCAAGACGCAAGUGACUGUGCACCCACCACGCGCUGCACGCUCGCUGGCUGCAGAGGGCACGUGCGUCAUCCAUAGCCCGACCGAGCGCGCAUGCAGCAAAAGUUCCUCCUGCACUAAAAGUACUAUGUCGUGUCUGCGUGCUCCCAAAUCCUUACUGAGGCGGUACUCACCACAUUCGGAUCCCCAAGUUUUGCCCACAUUUUUGCACACACUUGCAAGUACGGCAGGUUCGGACCAGGGCUUUACUAAAACGUGGACAUAUGCAGGAAAGUACACACUUUAUGAAUACACUAUACUGACACAGCAGUGUUUCCCACAGGACUGCAAUCUAUUUGCGGUGGGUUAAUGGGACGCCGCAAUCGACAAGUUUGCAUCAUUGCCCGUGACGCAUUUGCAAAAAAGUGAAAAAUGAUCAUCUGCAGACCAAUAUGAGGAAUUCUGACAUCAUACUGAUAAAUCUGAUAAAAUAACUCCUAACUUAAGCAAUAACUGAAAAAAAAAGCUCCAGUAAGGCAAGCUUACCUAUUUCAGCAAAUCAAGCGCUCCUUCUCCGCUUGUGACGUGCGCAAACUCACUUGUAAGCAAACGUGGUCGAGUGGGAUUCCUUCACUUUUUCUGCAGAAGAUAUAUUGCCUGCUAAACGUUCUGCAAACAAUCCACGUUUGGGUGGGGGUUAUUUACAUCUUAAAUGGCUUAUUUACUCUUAUUAUGUGUACUAUAUUGGGUAAUAUGCAUGUCAAGCCAUUUAAAGCCCCCAUUACAACACACUAAUGAGGCAAGAGCUGCCACAGGAAGUUCAUUGUCCAGAAAAAAAAAAAGCACAAAACUGCUGACGUGUUAUCUUAUUUACAGUAUGUCUGUCUUAUUUUCUCUGAUUCAAAUGUAAAGGUGACUAUAUGUCUAGAUGACUAAUAAUGUAAAAAAAAUUAAAAAACGUAUUUUCUAUGCCAUACCCACCAAUAUACUCCUGAUCAAAAUCUUAAGACCAGUUGAAAAAUUGCUAGAAUUUGCAUUUUGCACAUUUGUAUCUUAAUGAGGUUUUAAGUAGAGCUACAAUAUGCAAAACAAGAAGGGGGAGUGAGACAACAAGCAUUUUGAAAAAGUCAUUUAUUGAAAACAAAAAUUAAACUGAAAUAGACUGUUUAUCAGCUGAUCAAAAGUUUAAGACCAUCGUUUAAAAAAUAACAAAAAACUCUCCAAACCAGAACAUAAAAUGUUCUCAGUAAUGAGGAGCUCCACCGUUCUUGUUCAUCACUUCCAAAAUGGCUUUGGGCGUGCUUGAUGCCAGUGUUUCCAGGAGGCUAGUGGGAACAUUGCUCCAAGUGGUGAAGAUGGCUUCACCAAGGCCAUCAACUGUCUGGAACUGAUGGCCAUUUUUAGAAACUUCCCUUGCCAUCCAUCCCAAAUGUUCUCUAUGGGAUUGAAAUCAGGAUGGUCCAAAAGAGUGAUGUUAUUCUCCCUGAAGUCCUUGGUCAAGCCAGCAUUGUGAACUGCAGAGUUGUCCUGUUGAAGAACCCAGCUGGUACCACACACACGAGGGCCCUCAGUCAUGAGGGAUGCCCGCCCCAACAUCUGCAUCCGUUUGACAACCCCGCACCACCUGAAGCUACGGUGUUCCACUGAAUGAAAAAGCACCCCAGACCAUGAUGGCCCCCCCCCUCCACUGUAGAAAACAUCUCAGGUGGGAUCUCCUUGUCAUGCCAGUAACUUUUUUCCACCUUCCAAUGUCCCAUGUUUGAUGCUCCCUGGCAAAGUCGAAACGGGCACUUUUGUGGUGUUGGAGACAAGGUCUUUGAACUUGUUUUUUAAAAUCCUUUUUCCGCAGAUGGCGUCUGAUGGUUAUUGCGCUGCAGUCGGCACCAGUAAGGACCUUCAUGUGGGUGGAAGACCGCCCUGUGUCUUGAUGACAGCCAAUGGGAUCCUCCGGCUCAGCGCAGGUGUGAUGUUUUUGGGUCUACCACUUGACUUUUUUGUUCCAUGAUGCUCAGGAUCUUUCCAAAAAUGUAGAAUGACUGAUUUCCUGCUCCCAACCUCAGCAGCCAUGGCACGCUGCGAGAGGCCUUGCUUAUGCAGCUCCACAAUCCCACCACGUUGGAAAAGAGAAAGCUUCUUAGCUUCACCAUCAGGAGGGCAUGACAGUGGGAAUGCCUGCUUUUCUCGCCUGUGGUCAUAAACUUUUGAUCAGUUGAUAACCAAUUUUAGUUGUUUUUUUGUUAAAAUUACAAGCUCCAAAUGUUUUUUGGCUCACUCCCCCUUCUUGUUUUGCAUAUUGUAGCUUUACUUAAAACGUCAUUAGGAUCAAAAAUUACAAAACGCAAAUUCUAGCAAUUUUUCAACUGAUCUUGUGAUUUUAAUCAGGAAUGUAUAUUCCAUUUAUUAACACUGAAUGAAUCCUACUUGGCAGAAAUUCAGUUAUUGCGGCUGGGUCUGCAACCAAUGAACAGCGGUAGAUGAGGUACGACUGUAUCUAGAAGGGUUGUACUACUGGUGUAAUAAAACUGGCUCUUUUUUUUUUAUGUGUGCCAAGGUGAACAUGUUGUACCAAAUCUAUUUAUGGCAGACCGCCACAAAUGUAUGGGAAACACUGCAGCCCGAAAGCAACCAGCAGGUGAACUAGAGAUGCUAAGAUCCAAUCCCCAAACUGAAGCUGGUUUAGUUAAGUGAAAAGACAUUUGCAAACACUUCUUCGUGCACAAUGACAACGACUGAAGACUUGAACUCAUUUUAAAACGUGGCAAAAUUGGUACAAACCUUCAACGCAAUUUUCAUUCUCUUAAUCUUUUUGAUCUUUUCAAUUGUCUUUUUUUGUUGCCGUUAGCCAUGUGCA